AUGGGUGAGCAGCAGGUCAAACGUCAUGGCGUCAUCCUCUUCAUCCUGCUCGCUGCCAUCCGCGUCAUCCUCCGCAGUCUCGACAAGUCAAAGUACAAAGCCAAUGCGAUCAACUCGUCCCAAUGCGGCCAAGGUUUCCAACAGCACUCCGAGCUUGUUCUUGCAAAGCACCUGGCGAGUAUGGUGGCCAGUGGCACAAUUCAUUUCUGGCAACAGCAGUCUAUUCACACCAAAGCUAGUUACAAUGGCGACAACAUGCUUGUGACAUUGGAAAAAGGCAAUGAUGCCAGUAGCGAUGAUCGUAAUAUGCACAAUCGUACGCAAUGA